AACCAGAAAGACAGAUAUGGAAGUCCAACUGUCCACCAGCCUUUUCUUCUUCCUCUCGACAACACUCUUACUGGCUUCAACCACCGCCGGACACUUUUUCUCACCCAUAUCCGAUGACACUGAUUACAUCCGUACAAGCUGUGAGACAACUCGUUACCCACAAACCUGCUUCAAAUCUCUCUCCGGCUACUCCGGCGCCAUCCAACAUGACCCCGGACGCCUUGCCCGGGUGGCAAUUCAUGUCGCUCUCUUCAACGCCACCCACAUGGCCAAUUAUGUCUCCGACAUACCCCGUCGGAAUGACUCCGGAAACACUUUAGAAUCCGCCGCACUCAACGACUGCUCCUCCGUUUUCGGGGACGCAGUAGAUGAAAUCCGGCAAUCGUAUAAAGAAAUGAAGCGUUUGGGUUGGACAGGGGAGUCGGUGAAGUUCCAACUCAGUAAUGUGCAAACGUGGAUGAGCGCGGCGUUGACCAACGAGAACACAUGUACGGAUGGGUUUGAGCAAGUGGCGGACAGCGGCGUGAAGGCGGACGUUUGUGAUCGGGUGGUGACGGUUACGGAGGUUACGAGUAACGCUCUAGCGCUGGUUAACAGUUAUGCAGAUAAGAUAACGGCGUAGUCUUGCCGACGUGUCGAACGGUUGUUACCGUGCAACAUUCCGGUGUGAUGAGUGAAACAUAUUUGUGCGGGCGGGUGUCAAAUAUAUAUUUUAUUGAUAAUUUGACGUGUUUUGUAUAUGAUGCGUUUUUACACAUUAAUUAUAAAUAUGGACUUAAAUGGGUUGUUAAGAUUUUUGUUGUG